UACAUUCUUGUUGAUAACAGCUGUUGCAGUUUUUUUGUUUUGAAUAUAUGCGUUGCUAAACUUAAGGAUUGACGAAAUUAAAUUACGAAAUAUUUUUUAUUAUAAGUUAUUAACCACAAACAAAAGUUUUACUUUGCGAAAAUGUUAAGAAUAUAUGAAAAAUUAAAUAAGUUUUUGAAACCAAAUAAGGUUUUUCAAGUUCAGCUGCUUUCGUCCGGUUUAAGACAUUCCUCGACACAACAACAACAAGAUAUAGAACCCGUGGAAAAGCAAUCGCCCUCAGAAGAAUUUCGGCGAAAAAGAGUACGAUUUAAUAUUAAAGCCGAAAAUAUACAAGGCAGACCUUUAUAUCUAGACGCUCAAGCCACCACGCCCUUGGAUCCGCGGGUCUUGGAUGCAAUGUUACCUUACUUAACAAAUUUUUAUGGUAAUCCCCAUUCGCGCACACAUGCGUACGGCUGGGAAAGUGAGCGUGCUGUUGAGAAAGCUCGUGAACAGGUUGCACAACUUAUCGGAGCCGAUCCCAAAGAAAUUAUAUUUACUUCUGGAGCAACAGAAUCCAAUAACAUAGCCGUUAAAGGUGUAGCCAGAUUUUACGGCACUAAAAAGAAACACGUUAUAACUACUCAAACCGAGCACAAGUGUGUUUUAGAUUCCUGUCGUGCCCUUGAAAAUGAGGGCUUUCGCGUUACUUAUUUACCUGUAGAGCCAAAUGGUAUUAUUGAUAUGCAACAGAUGGAAAAAGCUCUCACACCCGAUACCACUUUAGUAUCCGUGAUGACUGUCAACAAUGAAAUUGGUGUUAAACAACCAGUCGCCGAAAUCGGUAAGCUUUGCCGUUCAAAGAAAGUAUUCUUUCAUACAGAUGCCGCCCAAGCUGUUGGAAAAAUUCCUAUUAACGUUAAUGAUAUGAAUAUUGACCUUAUGUCAAUUUCGGGCCACAAAAUUUAUGGUCCAAAAGGCGUGGGGGCUUUGUAUGUAAGGCGACGUCCUAGGGUACGUCUUGAGCCUGUACAAAGUGGUGGUGGGCAAGAAAGAGGCUUACGUAGUGGAACUGUGCCAGCCCCUUUAGCUGUAGGCUUGGGUUCCGCAGCCGAAUUAGCUCAACAGGAAAUGGAAUACGAUAGCAAAUGGAUAGAUUUUUUAUCUAAACGUUUAUUGGAUCGUCUUACACAAGCGUUACCACAAGUUAUACGUAACGGCGAUCCGGAGCAGACCUAUAAUGGUUGCUUAAAUCUAUCGUUUGCGUACGUAGAAGGCGAAUCUCUAUUAAUGGCUCUCAAAGACGUAGCUUUGUCAUCAGGUUCAGCAUGUACUUCAGCUUCGUUAGAGCCUUCAUACGUACUGCGUGCCAUAGGUGCAGAUGAGGAUUUAGCACACAGUUCUAUAAGAUUUGGUAUUGGACGAUUUACCACAAUCGAGGAAGUUGAUUACACUGCUGAUAAAUGCAUAAAACAUGUUGAGCGGCUUAGAGAAAUGUCUCCUCUCUGGGAAAUGGUGCAGGAAGGUAUCGAUUUAAAGUCCAUACAAUGGUCUCAACAUUAAUUCGCAAUGUGAUUUUUAAACAAAAGACGAUUUUCAUAAACAGAUCGCAAUUGUUGUAGUUUUAGUAUAGAUUGCUAAUGUAAAGCUCUAAUCUUAAUAUACAUAAAAAAUACAAUAAAUCGGAAAAUUACAAUGUUUCAAAUAUUUACACGCA